CGUGUGAUAAAGCAACCAAAAAGUCUUUCGGUAACUGUGAAACCUCACGGAACUCACUGUACGACCUACCCACCCACGAUCAUGUAUCACGAGGUUCCGAGAAAGAUUUUGGGGAAUGUGCAAGGCUAGAUGUUGAAUGGAAACAAUCAGUAAAUGAUCAAGGACAAGCUUUGUUGUUUGUGGGCUAAGGUCAGAUGAAAGGAAUAGAGACACACCUGAUGUGGAUAAAAGAGUGAAGGAUCCUGUACGUAGCUUCUCCUCUCAAGAACAAGAAAUAGAAUCAGGUCUCUCUAUCUAAUACUAGAAAAUUAUAGCGCACUACCAUCCGAGAGUUGAGUAUAAAAUUGACUCUAUACACAUGCAUCGAUGCUGUUGAGAGACCGCAUCACAAUCCAUGUUUGCAAUGUACUUCUUGCUGUAUGUGUUUGGCAGAUUUGAGUGAAAUCUGCUUUUCCAGACCUCUGCAAACCGGCUUUUUCCGCCUCCGGUGUGACGCAUGCCGUAUAAUCAACGAAUGGUGGGUCUGUCAGUGGCUUAACAUCUACAGUCACCUCAAUAGACCUAUGAUUCACACAGUCGAAAUAACAUAUAAUUGAUUGGUCGCGUGCACUUACUUGAUGUCUGGUCACAUAAACUACAUUUAUCUUGACCCGUCAUCUGCUGCUUUACUCCAAUAGCAGAGUGAACUCAUAAUAUUACCUCACAACUGGGGAAAGUAUCUCGACUUCACCUUUACACCGAGUCAUAUCCCGCAGCUCAUCCAAGGUAAAAGAAACACAAGAAAUUUGGAGGUGAGAUAGUUAAGGGCUGGAUUAGCUGUUACACCAAGGUCCGUGCUUUGGAGAUUUAAGAGGCAGCUCACCAGAAUUGCGACUGACUCCCCACUUCAAUCAUGGACAACCCAUUUUGUAACGGUCCUAGUAUGUCCCCAAAUUCAACGGACUUCCGCACUUCAAUCAUGGACAACCCAUUUGGUAACGGUCCUAGUAUGUCCCCAAAUUCAACGGACUUCCCCACCGGGGAGAUGCUUCACGAUCCUCGGGAGGCUUUGGAGAGCGGUAUCAAAAGCUUAUAUCUCCCCGAGAAAUAUUCAGAUUUCACGAUCGUGUGCGGGGACGAUGUCUUUCCAGUUCAUAAAGCCAUCAUCUGCCCUCGCAGCGACUACUUUGCUGCAGCCGUCAAAUUCGGAAAGGAGGCUAGCGAAAACAAGAUCGUCCUCUCCGAAGACGAGCCAGCAAUCGUCAAAUUGAUGAUUCAGUACUUCUACAAGUUGAAUUACAAGCUCGAUGAGCCUGCGCAUGUUCCAGCCGACCCUCUGCCUUGGGCUCCUGCUGCCUAUCUCUACGUGGUUCCUGUAUUUGGUUACUUGGGCAAUUCUACUCGGGACGAAGAUAAAAUUCUGCGACCAAAGAUCAUCGAAAUGCUCAUUUCAAUCAGCACUGCCGGCAUGUCCAGAGCUCUAGACUUUGCGCAAAAUCUUCCCUGGAAGGAACGAGUGAGUGUGAUACACCCAUGAUAUGCUACUACUGGCUAAUGAGUUAGGACUUUGAUAAUUGGGGACCUGUGUAUGAGUUUGCAGCUUUUCCCGGUACGAUUGAGGAGUUCUAUUGCUUUCUCGAAAGCAUCAAGACCGAAGAGGAAAAGGGGAAGGCAGACUCUUGUAUGUUGUUCUCCACAUAUAAACUUACCAAGAUAAUUUUUCAGUUCUAACCAUGUAUCUUUAGGGCAAGCCGUAGUCUCCCUCGAUGAUCCCGUCAUCCACGCC